AUGGCUACUGCCAAUUUUAUUAAAUUAUCGCCUAUUAAAUCAUGGUCUAGAAUCUCCUGCUCUACACAUUUGCUCAUUUGGCAUCAGAAGCACAGGUCUGGGCAACAGAGAUGCAGAGAGUCAUCAUCAAGGGAGGGGGAUCCACAGCCACACUUCUGGGUCAGGCUUUGUACCGGGCUCCAACGCAUUUAAGUCCUCGCAACGAUGUUUCGUAGGCAGUUCUCCCACGAAGCUGUGGGACAACUGGCAAGGAACAGCCCAAGGUCCUAGGCAUCCCCCGCGCUGGGGCUGCACCGCACGUGGCGCCUGCUUGGGCCGCGCCCCCUUCUCAUCGCUGCCACGGCUGCGUCACUCUCAUUCGCCAGGACGGCGUCGCCAAGCGAAUGAACUACUGCCUGUCGCUCGGAGCCUCUCGUACCAAUCCCACGCACUACCACGAACGCAUGAGAUCACCGGAGAAAGAGCGCUGGCUCGCUUCAAGAACUACAUUUCCCGUCGGGCCUUGUGGUGCCGUGCAGAGAGUGCGCAGGCGUGCGCUCGGUGUGCGUGGCGGCGUCAGCGAUUCUAGAACGUUGCUGUGGUAGCGCUCGGGCGCCAUGUUAGGACGAAGGGGAAGGAGGAGAAGCGCUUAAAGCGGCGGGGCGCGGGUGCAGGACUGGGUUGGCCCUGGGGCUGAGGCAGGCCGCCGUCCCUCCCGCCUCGGUGGAUCAUGCCCAGGGCGGCAGCGGUCGCGGGGGGGAAGUGACUGGGCGGUGCCGGCGCCGGAGACGAUGCCGUUGUAAGUGAUUGGCGUGCUGAGUGAGGCGCACGCCGGCCGGGCCCCGGGGGUGGCGGAGGGGGAGGGGAGGCGCACGGGCGCCCAGGGCCGCGGCUUCCGGCUCCUCGGGCGCGGGUCCCCGCAAGAUCUCAAAGCGGAACGGUGCCCUGCGCGGACUGGCGGGCCGCGUCUCCCGGGUUCCUUCCUGUCCCGUUUUCACCAUGGCGCCGUCCAGCCCCCUAGUUCCCUACUUCCGCUUUCCUCCUCGAAACGGUCCAGUUACAACGCAGGGAUCACAACAAACGCAGCCGCCACAGAGGCACUAUGGCAUUACCUCUCCUAUCAGCUUAGCAGCCCCCAAGGAGACCGACUGCCUACUCACACAGAAACUCAUCGAGACGCUGAAGCCCUUUGGGGUUUUUGAAGAAGAAGAGGAACUGCAGCGCAGGAUUUUAAUUUUGGGAAAAUUAAAUAACCUGGUGAAAGAAUGGAUACGAGAAAUCAGUGAAAGCAAGAAUCUUCCACAAUCUGUAAUUGAAAAUGUUGGAGGAAAAAUUUUUACAUUUGGAUCCUACAGACUAGGAGUACAUACGAAAGGUGCUGAUAUUGAUGCGUUGUGUGUUGCACCAAGACAUGUUGAUCGAAGUGAUUUUUUCACCUCAUUCUAUGAUAAAUUGAAAUUACAAGAAGAAGUGAAAGAUUUAAGAGCUGUUGAAGAGGCAUUUGUACCAGUUAUCAAACUCUGUUUUGAUGGAAUAGAGAUUGAUAUUUUGUUUGCAAGAUUAGCACUGCAGACUAUUCCAGAAGAUUUGGACCUACGAGAUGACAGUCUGCUUAAAAACCUAGAUAUAAGAUGCAUAAGAAGCCUUAAUGGUUGCAGGGUAACCGAUGAGAUUUUACAUCUAGUACCAAACAUUGACAACUUCAGGUUAACUCUGAGAGCCAUCAAACUGUGGGCCAAACGGCACAACAUCUAUUCCAAUAUAUUAGGUUUCCUCGGUGGUGUUUCCUGGGCUAUGCUAGUAGCAAGAACUUGCCAGCUUUAUCCAAAUGCAAUAGCAUCAACUCUUGUACAUAAAUUUUUCUUGGUAUUUUCUAAAUGGGAAUGGCCAAAUCCAGUGCUAUUGAAACAGCCUGAAGAAUGCAAUCUUAAUUUGCCUGUGUGGGACCCAAGGGUAAACCCCAGUGAUAGGUACCAUCUUAUGCCUAUAAUUACACCAGCAUACCCACAACAGAACUCCACGUACAAUGUGUCCGUUUCAACACGGAUGGUCAUGGUUGAGGAGUUUAAACAAGGUCUUGCUAUCACAGAUGAAAUUUUGCUGAGUAAGGCAGAGUGGUCCAAACUUUUUGAAGCUCCAAACUUCUUUCAAAAGUACAAGCAUUAUAUUGUACUUCUAGCAAGUGCGCCCACGGAAAAGCAGCGUCUGGAAUGGGUGGGCUUGGUGGAAUCAAAAAUUCGUAUCCUGGUUGGAAGUUUAGAGAAGAAUGAGUUUAUUACACUGGCUCAUGUGAAUCCCCAGUCAUUUCCAGCCCCCAAGGAAAGUCCUGAUAGGGAAGAAUUUCGCACAAUGUGGGUGAUUGGUUUAGUGUUUAAAAAAACUGAAAACUCUGAGAAUCUCAGUGUGGACCUCACCUAUGAUAUCCAGUCUUUCACAGACACAGUUUAUAGGCAAGCAAUAAACAGCAAGAUGUUUGAGUUGGAUAUGAAGAUCGCAGCAAUGCAUGUGAAGAGAAAGCAGCUCCACCAGCUGCUGCCAAGUCAUGUGCUUCAGAAGAGGAAGAAGCAUUCAACAGAAGGAGUCAAGUUAGCAGCUCUGAAUGACAGCAGCCUUGACUUGUCUAUGGACAGUGAUAACAGCAUGUCUGUGCCUUCACCCACCAGUGCUAUGAAGACCAGUCCAUUGAACAGUUCUGGCAGCUCUCAGGGCAGAAACAGUCCUGCUCCAGCUGUGACCGCAGCAUCUGUGACCAGCAUUCAGGCUUCUGAGGUUUCUGUACCACAAGCAAAUUCCAGUGAAAGCCCAGGGGGUCCAUCGAGCGAAAGCAUUCCUCAAACUGCCACACAGCCAGCCAUUUCUCCACCACCAAAGCCUACAGUCUCCAGAGUUGUCUCCUCAACACGACUGGUAAACCCGUCGCCUAGACCUUCAGGAAACGCAGCAACAAAAGUACCUAAUCCUAUAGUAGGAGUCAAGAGAACGUCCUCACCCCAUAAAGAAGAAAGUCCUAAGAAAACCAAAACAGAAGAGGAUGAAACAAGUGAAGAUGCUAACUGUCUUGCUUUGAGUGGACAUGAUAAAACAGAGACAAAGGAACAAGUUGGCAUGGAGACAAGUGCGGCUCCGUCAGAAGCUGCUCCGGCCUCGGCGUCUCUGGUGGCCUCUCAGGAGGAAGCAGUGGGAGACGCAUCCCCUGUGAGCGACAGUGCUUUAAACCGUGCUGUGUUCUUUGCUUUCGUUCUCAGAAAACAUCCAGUACAGACCUUUCCGAUAUCCCUGCUCUCCCUGCAAACCCUAUUCCUGUUAUCAAGAAUUCAAUAAAACUGAGACUGAAUCGGUAAAACCACCUCAGGGUCCAUAAACAGUAUCUGCCAACUCAACCCGUUGUCUCCAGAUGCUUAAACAAAAGAAAGAAAGAAAAAAGAAAGGAGAAAGGAGAUUGGAGGGACAGGACUAGCCCUGACUGACUGGGUUUAGUCUUGGUGACCUCCCUUACUUGGGCUCAUCAGCACUUGAUCAGCAGUCCAGGUUAGUAUGGAAGCCAGGAGUACUGUUAUUAUUGUGUUAGCAACAGUUGCAUUAACUAUUUCAGAAAAAUUACUGCCUUUAAGAAGGAAAGAAAACAAAACCCUCAAGCUGCGUUUGUAUCCAUAAUUGACAUCCAGAUUGGGUUUAUGUGUGAUGAUGCAUUGUUUGGAAAAUUGCAAUACAAACUGGCAUAAGAACUCCUUAUUCUGAUGAUGCACUUUUAUGUAUUUUUUUUAUUAGAAAGUAGAACUAAUUUUAGAUUUUCAGCUUAAUGGAUUUUCAAUUUUUUUCCCAAAGAAUUUUCUUUACAAUUAGUCUUUAAAUUGGAUUCCUUGUGCAGUGGUGUACCAUUCUGCCUCAGAAAGGACAGUAGGACACCUAGCUCAGUCCUUACGGGCAGCUGUAACCCUUAGGGUGCAUUGUCAAUGCUAAGGUAUACUUUGGACACUGAAAGAAGAAUUAGGCGAUACUUGGUUUUGAUGAGGUUAUGAUUAAGAAGUAUAUAUUCCUUUUAUUUAUAGAGUUGUUUUAUAGUGCAUACAAAUCAGCAGUCAGCCAACAAGUGUGGUCUUUGAGCUUUCUCAAGCUCUGUUCUUUUGCCUUCAGUCUGUUAGUCUUUGAAACAACGACAGUGCUUUCUCCCCAUCCCCCUUUUUUCUUUUGCCUGUUUUUCCCUUUUGCUUGAAUGCACAAGGUAAGGCUUAUUUCACAGAAACCAGAAUGCCAGUAUUUUCCUAAGCCAUGACAUGUAACCGUGACCUGUGGCUACGUGACACAGAACACUAACGUUGGUCCCAUGGCUAGAACUUGAGAAUGACUGAAAGCCAUACCCGUGAAGCAUCUCCGGAGGAUGGCCAUUUGAUCUCUGAGAGGACUUUUGUACACUCCACAGAACUCCUGUUCCUGUCUUACACAAAGUUGAUUUUCAAUUUUAAAAGUGGGCAAAAAGGCAUUUUCUUCCAGAUUUUUAAACUAAUUUUUAUUUUUAACCAGUUUAUCAAAAUUUGUCAGUGAAUUUUACAUACAGAAACAUUUUAAAAAUCAUUCCUAGUAAGCACUUGACGUUUAGUCAGCUCUCCACUUUUGAAUUUUUUUGUUCUAUCAAAAAUUAGAAACUUCCUUUAAAGACAAUGAUUUCUCAUAAUUAAGUAGCAGAAUUCUCGUCCAUCUUGUGACGUGUGAGGACGCCAGAGGUUGAUAAGGUUCCUCUUGUCGAUCUGGGUAGAGCAGGCCUGUAGCAGCAGAUCUUUGUAUGAGCAUGGUUUCCAAUCCUUCAUCUCGCUGCAUUCUAUCACACAUUUGUGCAUUUUCACGUAACACUGCAAUUAAACUCUCCUGUCCUCCUAAAUUAAUUUCCAAAGUUGGAGUAUAGUCUUUCCCUUCAGCUGUGCAUUAAUUAAGGCUUUCUUUACCACUUACAUUGUUUAUAUACAGUGUUCUUUCUGCUCUCCACCUCUCGCUCUGCAGUCACCUUGCCCUCCCUCCCUCCCUGCCUCCCUCCCUCCCACCACUUGAGUAAAGAAGACAGUUCGCUAACAGGUGACAUGUCCCGUGUCUGUGUGUGUAGCUGCAGAGUUAGAUUGACAUCACCAGGCACAGAUUUAGUCUUGUCGUUUUGUUUACACAUUGGGGAAAAAUUCAGUUUAAUAAACGUUCCAUGUAACUGCAUCCAAGUUUCACCAGGCUGGAGACGUGGAUCUUUUCUGUGUAGUGACUUUUUACUUCUAGUUUCCAUAACCUGGAGAUCAGACUGUUGCUUUCGCAUGAUGUAAGUAGUGUCUCAUGACUGGAGUUUGCUUUGUUUUAUAGUAUCUGUACUCCUUGUAUUUUUCAAGAGCUAUUUUGUAAACAGAUGAUGUAUUUCUCCAUUGAAAACACAAUAAAAAAAAAAAAGGCACAAAUCCCA